CAAAAAUGAAGAAAUUAAUAUCAACAUAAGUUUCUGCUUUCUUAGGUAGCAUUGACAUUUGUGCUUUAUGCCCCUUUGGUCUAUUGCUUUGUGCUGCAUGUUUUGUUGAGCUUCUCUUCAGAGGGAGACAUGAGAUGAAAGAACGAACGGAGUACCUAGUUAGAGAAAAGAGAAGCACACAGAAAGAAUAAUAACAGAGCAUGCUCUUUACACAGCAGCGCCAAGCAACAAAACCAUGAACAACAACAGCAACAUCAGCCACGGAGAAGACGAUCAGCGUAAGAAAGAAAGCCUUGAUUCCAGAUUCAACCAAACCCUCAGAAAUGUUCAAGGGUUGCUUAAGGGUCGUAGUAUUCCUGGUAAAGUAUUAUUGACCAGGAGGCCGGAUCCACUCGAUGAUUCAGGCUUUCAACGAUCUCCCAGUUACCAAAGAAGCUUCUCACAGAACGACGCUGGUACAAGUGAUGAUAUGGACAAGUCCAUGGAGGGAGGAAAUACAAAUAACUCAGCUAGUCAUACAACUGUUAAUAAGUUAAGAUCUUCGACCUCAAACAUUGAGACUGUUGCCAAAGAAGUCCCAAAGCCUGCAGUGGGCGCAAGAGCUACUGAUUCUGCAAGGGUUAUGAAGUUCACUAAAGAGCUCUCAGGGCAGAUGGUCAUAUUAGAGAGAUUACGUGAGUUGGCUUGGAGUGGUGUUCCACCUUACAUGCGUCCAAAUGUAUGGAGACUUCUGCUGGGAUAUGCACCACCUAAUUCAGAUAGAAGGGAGGGAGUUCUAAGGAGGAAACGUCUUGAGUAUCUUGAUUGUGUUGCUCAAUUUUAUGACAUUCCGGACACGGAACGGUCCGAUGAUGAGAUCAAUAUGCUUCGCCAGAUUGCUGUUGAUUGUCCAAGAACUGUACCUGAUGUUGCUUUCUUUCAGCAAGCACAAGUUCAAAAAUCCUUGGAGCGCAUUCUUUAUACAUGGGCUAUUCGGCAUCCUGCAAGUGGAUAUGUGCAGGGGAUAAAUGAUCUUGUCACACCCUUUCUAGUUGUCUUCUUAUCAGAGUACUUAGAAGGAAGCAUAGAUAGUUGGUCAAUUUCUGAUUUAUCGUCAGAGAACAUAUCCAACAUAGAAGCUGAUUGCUAUUGGUGCUUGUCAAAGUUGCUUGAUGGCAUGCAAGACCAUUACACAUUUGCUCAACCAGGAAUCCAGAGGCUUGUAUUUAAGCUGAAGGAAUUGGUUAGGCGUAUUGAUGAACCUGUUUCCAAACAUAUGGAGGACCAAGGCCUUGAAUUUCUUCAAUUUGCUUUUCGCUGGUUCAACUGUCUACUGAUACGUGAGAUCCCUUUUCAUCUGGUAACCCGUCUAUGGGACACCUAUCUUGCUGAAGGAGAUGCGCUGCCUGAUUUCCUUGUGUACAUAUUUGCCAGUUUUCUUUUAACGUGGUCAGAUAAACUUCAGAAGCUUGACUUCCAAGAGUUGGUGAUGUUCCUUCAACACCUUCCAACUCACAACUGGACAUAUCAAGAGCUUGAAAUGGUACUGUCUACGGCAUACAUGUGGCACAGUAUGUUUAACAGCUCUCCCAGCCACUUGGCUAGCUGAUUGGAAAUCUUAUGUUUACUAUUUAUAUUGACCAGUUACCUCUCUUUUCCCCUUAGAUUCUAUUUGUUCCCUUAUCAAAGUGUUUUAGAGAGCAAUGCGUAUUAUUUUCUUUUCUAGAGGCCAAGAAAUGUUCCUUUUGUGUAUUGUGGCAUGUAAUUUCACAUAUUUGUAAUACCAAGCAUGCCUUUGUACAUUUACCAUGAACAUAAGAAACAACAUUUCCUUGUAUAACAAAUUUUGAAUUUCAUCAACAGAGCUCUGAAAGAAUGUUUUGCUUUUA